AUGAAAAUGUUUAAACAAAAGAAAUCUUUAAACUAUAAAUCUAAAGAAGAAUAUACAAAUCAAUUAGAUAAAAUUUAUGAAAUAAAUCUUCAUGGAAAAUUUACAGUAAUUGUGCGUAGAUCAUUUGUUCGAUUACAUGUUCAUCCAACAACACAUGUUAAUCCAUGUUAUUUAUAUGAUUUAUCAUCUAUAUGUGAUUCUGAAAUGAUUGGAAAAUCGAAUUUAAUUGAUAAUUAUUCUUAUCUAGACGAAAAUAGAAAAGAGAAAAAACGAAAAUUAAUACAUAGAAAAAUGAGAAAAUUAAUAACACAAUAUAAAAAAUCGAUUAAAGAAAAUAAAUCAUCAACAUUUUUUGUUUAUGCAUCUAAAUCAACAAUUCGUCCACUCUCUGAUGAUUGUGAUUCAGACGAUAGUAAUAAUAAUGAUCAAUAUUUUGAAUCUAUUAACUCUUCAACUAUUGGUGAAAUUCUUUCUGAUUUAAUUCAUCAUGAAGUACAUGUAGCGGAUGCAAAUCCUAAUCUAGAACCAUCAACUGAUCUCCUCACAUUUCUUUCUGAUACAUCAGAAAUUUGUCAUAUACUUCGGACAAUCAUAACCAAAAAAUAUUCAUGUCAAUUAUUAAAUCCAAAAAAUUUUCUUCAAUAUCAAUAUUUAAUUGAUAUUCUUCAGAGUUCAGAAUUUAUUCUUGAAUAUCUUCGUCAAUAUCAUUCACAUGAAAAAGUUUUUUUGAUUGAAAUUUUAACACAUCUUUAUCAAAUUUUAUCAUCAAUGAAUAAUAACUCAUAUAAAUGUCAAUAUAUUUGUCAAUGUCUAUUUGAUAUUCUUCAGAAAUUAAAUAGAAGAAAAAGUUCUUAUUCACAAUAA